AGAGCCCAGAUUAGGAGCAAUGGAUUGGGCUAAAUGGGCCAUCGAUCCAUCCUCUUGGGCCGAAACAAUCCAUACAUACACACACACCGUUACAUGUCUCGCUUUUUUUUUUUUUGUUAUUGAAUUGUUUUGUUUUCACUUUCCACCAAAAUGAAUUAUUCACUGCUGCUGCUGCCGCCAUUACUAUCUUGACAGCUCAAAGGCAAGAAAGACGGAGGCUUUCGAUCGUUUUUUCUUUCUCUGUUUUUCCACCUCACCAUUUCUGCUUUGCUGCUGCUGCUGCUGACGCGCUUUCAAAUUCCCAAUUUAGGGUUUAAAGUAUUUAAGCUUUCGUUUUCCAGAGCUACACAGCUGCGCUGUAGCCUCUGGCCUCCUGUAGGGUUCAACCUGGCCAUGGACUACGAACCUUAUGAUAGCAGUGGAACCGAUGAUGAUCUGCCUCCAUCACAUCAGAAUAGAAUAGCUAGAGGGGGACGUAUUACAGGGAAUGGAAGAUCUGCCAUAGCUUCUGUGCAGUACCCUAGGAUGUAUGACAAUGAAACUGAUAUGGAGGCUCAAAUUCACCACCUUGAGCAAGAAGCAUACAGUUCAGUGCUUAGAGCCUUUAAAGCUCAAGCUGACGCCAUUACUUGGGAGAAGGAGAGUUUGAUAACAGAACUUAGAAAAGAGUUGAGAUUAUCAAAUGAGGAGCAUAGAGAACUUUUGGGUAGGGUUAAUGCAGAUGAUGUCAUACGGAGGAUAAGGGAGUGGAGACAAGUAGGUGGGAUUCAAUCCAGCAUGCUCAAUGCUUCCCAAGCUGUUCAUGACCCUGUACCCAGUCCUGCUGUCUCUGCAUCUCGGAAGAAACAGACAAUUAUCCAGUCAGUACCUUUGCAACCAUUUGGUGGGCCAUCUCCAUCAUUUCACCCACAAACAGCUCCAUCCCAUCAGCCGUCUUCUUUGGCUGCCAAACGAGGAACCUUAACUGGCUCCAAGGGCAAGAAACAUAAACCAGGUAUGCCCAGUGCAUCUUCAAUGAAAUCCACACAGUACCCUUCCUCAGGACAAACUGGAAGAGGUCAGGUAGUUAAUAGAGUAUCUAAUAGUGCUGCAGUACUGAGUGAGCCUGCUGAAGGAGCAGCAUGCGAUCCAUUAAUUGGAACAAGAGUGAGAACCAGGUGGCCGGAGGAUAAUAACUUCUACGAAGCUGUUAUAACCGAUUACAAUCGAGUUGAGGGACGACAUGCUCUGGUCUAUGAUAUGGGUACUGUAAAUGAGACAUGGGAGUGGGUUAAUCUCUUAGAGAUCCCUCCAGAGGACUUACAAUGGGAAGGUGAGGACCCGGGAAUUCCUCAUCGUGGAGGCUAUGGUGGAUCAGGGCGUCGAAUAAGUAGAUCUGCUGGCUGUGAUGGUGUGUCAGGCACAGGAAGAGGUAGAGGUAGAGGUAUCACGAAGGGUUCAUAUAGAAAAGAUUUUCUGCCAUCAGAGAAUGGCAUUGGAAAGAGAGCUGCAGAUGAUAUUCAAAUUCUUCACACAGAUACUUUAAUCAAGGAGGUGGAGAGGGUUUUUGGUACAAAUCAUCCUGACCCGCUUGAGAUCGAGAAAGCAAAGAGAGAAUUAAAGGAGCAUGAGCAAUCACUUAUUGAUGCAAUUGCAAGGCUGGCUGAUAUAUCUGAUGGUGAAAGUGAUGAGAGGGGCCACCCAUUGGGGCAACAAAUGGACCGAUCGUGAUUAAACAGAUUUUUGUAGGAAGCAGAACGUAUGUCAGAAAAUUGGAGAAUGGCUUUGGAGAUGGUAGGGAGACAUUUAUGAUGAUGAAAAUUAAUUUCUUGUACGAUACCAUUUUGUAGAAAAGUAUUUAUAGCUCAUCAGGAUAGCUGCUAGGUAAUUAUACUCUUAAGAAGUGUAGUUAUCUUUUGUUGUUGGAUGCUAAUUUCUUCGUAAUUGACAGAAACAGGUGACAGUAUGGUGGUGCUCUGUAACAUUAUUUGAUUAGUGAUUUAAGGCAUGAUCAUGUAUAAUUUUUUG